CAAUCAUAGAACUUCUCUUAUGAACCCAUCCAGAUGUAUCAUUCCUUAGCGAUAAGACUACUUCAAGCUAAGCGUUCAAAAAUGCGCAACCUUAUAUUAUAUAAACGCUUCCGUCGUCAUUCUUCUUCAUCUCUUAAUCCGCCAUAGUUUUUUCUUCCUAGGUAGAUGUAAACUUGUGUUUAUCUAGCUUCCGUUACCUGAUAUCCCCUUUCUACUACCGAGUAUUUCCUCCGACUGUUGGAGCUAUCGAAGCUUCCACAAUACGCAUUGACCGACUUAUAACCAUAUUUCUUUUUCGAAUUCUAAAAUAAUGAGGCUUCAUACUCGUAUUUUAGGAUUCUUCUUCCAUCCCAUGAUCGAAGGUGAUCCAGGCCCCCCCCCUGAUGGUGGCUCUCGAGCCUGGCUUCAGAUCCUUGCCGGUCACUUAAUCAACGCCCUUACAUGGGGAUAUUCUGCUUCAUUCGGCGUCUACCAACUCUAUUACACAACUACAUUAUCGCUACCCGAGUCGCAGGUAUCUUGGAUAGGCUCCUUUCAGGUUUUCCUCACAUUCUUCGUGGGAACGCUCUCGGGACGCUCUGCCGAUGCCGGAUACGCACAGCACACAGCUCUGCUCGGGUCGAUCCUGAUUGUGCUCGGAACAUUCAUGACAAGCCUAGCAACGACGUAUUGGCAAAUCUUCCUCGCUCAGGGGUUGUGUACAGGCCUCGGCAUGGGCAUCUUGUUUAUGCCGGCUAUAGCCGUCAUCAGCUCAUAUUGGAAGAAGAACAAAGCGAUGGCCUUAGGACUAGCUUCCUCCGGGAGCGGGACUGGGAGCGUUAUAUUCCCUCUUAUCGUACAGAAUCUUCAAACUACUAUUGGUUUUUCUCGAGCUGUUCAGGUUCAAGGCUAUGUUGCUCUUGCAUUUGCAAUCAUCAUCAACCUCCUACUCCGUCCACGGCUCCCACCUCGUAAGUCUGGUCCAUUGGUUGAAUGGUCAGCGUUCCAAGAGCCAGUUUAUAUGUUGUUCACUAUUGGGGCAUUCCUAAUGUUCUGGGCUCUAUACUUCUGCUUCUUCUAUAUCAACACCUACGCUACUUCGAUUAUUGGCCUAACUCCUGAAGCGGCUGUGAAUCUACUCGUAGUCAUUACCAGCGUCGGCAUCCCAGUACGACCCAUUCUAGGUUUUGCUGCUGAUCGAUACUUCGGUUCCCUGUCCACUCUGAUCAUUGCUACUACCAUUUUAGGCGUACUACUAUAUUCUUGGAUUGCGAUCUAUACCGUUGCCGGCUUAUAUGUUUGGUCGGUAUUCUAUGGACUUGCUACUGGGGCAGCCCAAGGGAUAUUGGUAGCAGGGCUCGUAUCAUUAACUACAGACCCCAGUAAGAUGGGAACACGAUUUGGGAUGGUGUUUUCCGUAUUAGCAUUUGCAUCGCUAGCGGGUCCUCCGACAGCAGGUGCGUUAAUUCAAAGCGAGAGUGGAGGCUUCAUGAAAGCGCAAAUCUGGGCUGGAACUGUGACCCUUGCUUCUGCACUCUUUAUAUUCGCUGCUAAAUGGAGACAAAUGGUGAUGUCCCAUCGGAUCCAGGGCUCUGACAAGUCUUGUAAAAUGGAUCAAGGAUAUAUCGAAGAGGUCGUAGUCCAGGUAAACAGCAACGAGCAGACUAAGACCUAAAUACUUCCCAUCUUCCAAAGAUAGCAGGUUAUGGGGACCAGAGGCAAACCUCGGAAAUACGUGUUAGGAUGCUUUUACGCGGAUUACAUGGGAUAUAAAGCCGACCAUUGUGCUAAAUCUUGUGGAGGAAAGAAGGCGUAUCGCUUACUCGCAGUUAAUCCAGCUAUAGAGAAUUUGAUACCCUCUCAUUCUACCCUAGGUCCGUUUCUAGGUUACUCUUCACAUCCUGGAUCAAGGGUUCCAUGA